CUUUGCUCGGAAACUUGUGAUGCAGCCAUACACUGCGGGCCAUGGAGCCAAAUUUGCGGACGACGAUUGUUGGAGAGUUGAUCUCCGAGCUUGACCUGUUGAGAGAUCCUGGCGAUCCAUUCGAAUCACAGAGUUCCAGCCUUCCCAGGUUUUCCCAGGAAGCUGCCUACAAAGACUUUGGGGCUCGAAGAGAUCUCACGGGCAUUUCGCAAUUCUGCAAAGAAAAUAACUCUGGCCGUCAGAAGCUGGAGGAAUUCAAUGAAUUCAGAUGUAAAGACCAGGGUAUUGAGAGCCAGGUGGUGGAUUCAUGUCCUUUACUCGAGAGGCUUAGGAGGAGAUCUGUGUGCCAACAAGAGGACCGUGCCAGACUUCGGAACAAUCUGGAGCUUCGGCAGGCUUUGAACAAUUUGAGUGGCGCAUCUCAAAAUCCAAGUUUCGCUGUGCGCGAGAGGCCUUUCAGCAACCAGCUUGACCUGUGCGAAGCUGACCCUUUGCAUCACACAAACCACGAUGUACACACUGGCCAGAGUCCGUUCACUGGUGUAUGCCAAGGGGAUCGAGCCAAAAUGAUGAGAUGUGGCAGAUAUGAUCAGCUAGGCUGCCUAGGCUCUAUCAAACGAGUCCAGAGAUCACAUUCCACUCCAAGCAGGUCAAAGGAAACACCCCGUUCAUCACAGAUGUCGACACCGUCAACACCCAGGCAUUGCAUCUCUCCAAGAUCUUGUGUACCAAGAAGUCCGUGCCGAAAGUCUCAGCCAGGCGCUUCUUCACCAGUCCGUCACAGCCAAGCCCUUUUGCGUGCUGAAAAGCAUGGGCGGCAGAAAGGCAGUGCACGAUGUCUGAGCGAAGCAAGCAGAGCAAAGCUUCAGCGAGCCUUGCUUCGGCCACCAAGUUGCUCACCAAGACAUGGUGGCCACCAAGCCAUUCAGAGUUGCAGUGAUUUGACUGCUGAUGUCACAAAUGCGCACUUCUUUGAUUUGGGUGAACCAGUGACCUUCGGGCAUGUAGGAAAGGUUCGGCUUUCGACGAAAGUUGCCACUCCACAAUUUGGAAGAGUGAACUUCUUGCAAGGUCUUUAGUGUUUUGGUUGCGUGGUGGUGGCACUGGUACAGAUUUGUGCCAAAGACUGCCGAGGGUGUUGGCAGAAAAA